ACAGUCUACCUAGAAUAAAAAUACUCCCACAAAGGUUGGUGCACGUUCAAGUGCUGAAAAUUUGUUUUGGUGUUGGAUAAUUAAUUUAUUAAGAAGGUUUUAAGUAGGCUGUAUAAAAUUACGCUAGGUAAGGCCAAAGUCAAUAGCACAUAAAUAGUAAGGAACAUAUUAAUGGAAAAAAAUAUUAGGUAUGUACUGCUCGCAGUGGUCUGUAAGCAGACGAAGUUUGGAAUAUGAGAAUUUAUAGGUAUUUACUGUUAGCUAGUGGUUAGCUAGAUAAGUAGUAGCUAGUAUUGUACGUACAUUUCAGAUAGGUAAUUAGAUUGACACAUUUGGCAAAUAGGUAGUUUGGUCUUAUUGCCUUGUUUAUUAUUGCCAUGAUAAACGAAAAAAAAAAAUAGAUUGACAUUGGCAUUUGGGUGUCAAGUGUCAAGUGUCAGCUAUCAAAAUUGAAUAAAAAUAACCACAUAACCUAAAAACUGAACUAAAUAAUAAGAAAAUAAUAGAAAAAUAUUAAAAAUUUACAUUUAUUAUAAUACUUGUAAUGGUGUUUAAUAAAGGAUGGCGUUUUGCAGCAUUAAUCGGUGGUAUGGUUGGCCUGGUCGGGCUGACGUUAUAUCCCAUCGCUGUAAGCCCCAUGAUAGAUUCUUCAAAAUAUAAGGAAAUCCAGAAAGUAACAAGGAAAAAUAUUAAACAAGAGGACAUACAACCUGGAAAUAUGAAAGUAUGGACAGAUCCAUUUGAUAGGAAGAAACCACAAAAUGAGUAAUGCUUGUAAAUAGUUAGCUUGUAUAUAAUUUGUUUUUAAUUUUAGGAAAUAUAGAUUUUAUUUAAAUAA